GUCCGUGAUCAGUACAAAUAAGCAGCAGUUGCUUGUUGUUUGCUGACACUGGAGUAAGGAGCACUGUAUCUUGCAGGCAGAGCCAUUUAGAAGCAAUGCUGUGGUUUACCAUCAUUACCUCCAUUCUCCUGAGUCUGUCUGGCAUAUGCUAUUCAGACAAUCCUGGGAUGAAGAUCCGGAUCACAGGAAGUGCGCUGGAUAAAAGUGUGAAAUAUCUCAUGAACAAUAUAAUUUCACAGGAAAAGGAAUAUCAACUCCCAGAUGUGAUUGGAAGUACAACUGUAGAUAAUGAGCCUAUGAAAUAUGAGUUUAAACAGAUACGGCUGACAAGUUUUUAUUGUCCAACUAUCUCUUCAAAAUGGGUGUCUGGAACGGGAUUGCAGAUAUCAAUGAAGGAUGGCAGCGCUACAAUCAAUAGUACCUACAGCAUAGAUUACUGGCUGGUAAAGGACAGCGCAUCAAGUGUGUUGACUUUAAGUGAGAUAUCUGUCUCCUUGGUCCUGGGGGUUCAUGAAGGUGAUCCAGGCAUGCCAUCCAUUUCCCUUCUUGACUGCCAAUCUACUGUUCAAGGGAUUGAUGUCAAGCUUUUGAGCGACGUUAGUUAUAUCUAUAAUGAUCUCCAGAAAUCUAUCCAGAAUUUGGUUGGAACAAAUAUUAAUCAACAGAUAUGUGCAGCACUGAGAAAUAGUGUGAAUCAAUGGGAUCAGUCCUUGAGCCAUUUAAAUUUGAAUUUGUCACUUAAUAAUCUCAUUGGCAUUGACCUAUCUCUUGUGGGUAAUCCAGAGAUUACAGAACAGUAUGCUGACAUAGGUUUAAAGGGACUGUUCUACUCAAUUAAUGAGACCGGAGCCGCUUUUGCCCCCACACCUAUGUUACUUCCCAUCAAAAGCAGGUCCAUGCUGUAUGCUGGAAUAUCAGAGGCCUCAGGAAACUCUCUCUUUGAUGCUUAUUACUCUACUGGGUCUUUCUACUAUGAGAUCUCCCAUAUGGCAGGUUCCAAAAAUAUAACAACCUCAGAACUGGCUGCCUGCAUACCAGAGAUUUCUCAACAUUUUCCAACUACGGCACCCGUGAAAAUUAAAGUAUCUGCUACUAGUUCUCCAAAUAUGUAUCUUCAUUCAAACAAUAUGACAAUCAAAUUUUUGGGGCUCAUUCAAACAUUUGCUUAUCCUCUGAACUCCGAACCUCAGUAUCUGUUCAGCGCUAAAAUAGUGGCUAGUUUCAAUGCCAAUUUUUCCUUGUCAAAUGCCAAAGAUGUUCCAGGUUUGAACCUCGCAGGUUCCAUCAGUCUGAUCAGAUUACAAAUGGAUAAGAGUCCUUCUGACACUAAAGCGUCAAAGGUCGUUGUGACAGAGGACAAAGUUCAGAAGUUACUUACUGAGGUGGUAUUACCGGCUGUUAAUGAAAAAAUAGCCCAGGGGAUGUUGAUUCCUGGCACUUUCCUGGUGAAUCCCUCAAUCAAUAUCAAAGAGGGGUUUGCGUUGUUGGCAGCAGAUAUGAAAGAAGAAUCUUCAAAAGUGUGAAUUUAGAAGAUAUAGAAUUGGAUGGUUGCUACGUAAUGGCAUUUCUAUUUGAGAAACCAAAACCAGUUUGUAAAAUCUUUCUCAGGGUGACAAACAAAACAUUUAUUUUCUUUAAUUCCAAAUGAAUUAAAAAUGAUAGUAAAUGUUUAGUAAAUAUGGUAUUUGUACACAUUUGUUGUAACUAAAAAUGUAUUUUAUAAUAUUAUUGAUAUACC